AUGUGGCUUUGUUUGUUCCCGCAGGUGGAGGUGCUGUCUGAGGAGGAGGGAGAAGAGGAGGAUGAAGAGGAGGACAUCCUGUCUCUGGCGGAGGAAAAGUACCGGCCUGCUGCUCUGGAGAAGAUGAUCGCUCUCAUCGCCCUGCUGGUGGAGCAGUCCCGCUCCGAGAGACACUUGACUCUCUCUCAGAGCAACAUGGCGGCUCUGACAGGAGGGAAAGGUUUCCCCUUCCUGUUUCAGCACAUUCGGGACAGCAUCAACAUCCGACAAACCUGUAACCUCAUCUUCAGCCUGUGCAGAUACAAUAACAGGCUCGCAGAACACAUUGUCUCCAUGCUCUUCACAUCUAUAGCCAAGCUCACACCUGAGGCGGCGAAUCCCUUCUUUAAGCUGUUGACGAUGCUGAUGGAGUUUGCUGCAGGUCCUCCUGGCAUGCCCUCAUUCGCUUCCUACAUUCUUCAGAGGAUCUGGGAGGUGAUUGAAUAUAAUCCAUCCCAGUGUUUAGACUGGCUGGCGGUUCAAACCCCUCGCAAUAAACUCGCUCACAGUUGGGUGCUGCAGAACAUGGAGAACUGGGUGGAGCGCUUCCUGCUGGCACACAACUACCCUCGUGUCCGGACAUCGGCUGCGUAUCUGUUGGUGUCACUCAUCCCCAGCAACUCGUUCCGUCAGAUGUUUCGCUCCACGCGAUCUCUCCACAUCCCCACGCGAGACCUGCCCCUGAGUCCCGACACCACCGUCGUCCUCCACCAGGUCUAUAACCUCCUGCUGGGACUGCUGGGCCGGGCUAAGCUCUACGUAGACGUGGCAGUACAUGGCACAACCAAACUGGUGCAGUACUUCAGCUUCAUGACCUACUGUCUGAUCUCCAAGACAGAGAAGCUGAUGUUCUCCAGCUACUUCAUGGACCUCUGGAACCUCUUUCAACCCAAACUGUCAGAGCCGGCCAUCGCCACCAACCACAACAAGCAGGCGCUGCUGUCGUUCUGGUACAACGUGUGCGUGGACUGCAGCGAGAACGUGCGCCUGAUCGUACAGAACCCCGUGGUGACCAAGAACAUCGCCUUCAACUACAUUCUGGCCGACCACGACGACCAGGAGGUGGUGCUGUUCAACCGCGCCAUGCUGCCCGCCUACUACAAAAUCCUGCGUCUGUGCUGCGAGCAGUCGGCUUCCUUCACCCGCCUGCUCGCCUCGCACCAGAACAUCCAGUGGGCCUUCAAGAACCUCACGCCUCACGCCAGCCAGUAUCCGGGAGCGGUGGAGGAGUUGUUCAACCUGAUGCAGCUCUUCGUGGCUCAGAGGCCGGACAUGAGGGAGGAGGACCUGGAGGACAUCAAACAGUUCAAAAAGACCACCAUCAGCUGCUACCUGCGCUGCCUGGACGGCCGCUCCUGCUGGACCACGCUCAUUAGUGCCUUCCGCGUGUUGUUGGAGAACGAUGAGGACCGGUUGCUGGUGGUCUUUAACCGGGGACUCAUCCUCAUGACCGAGUCGUUCAACACCCUGCACAUGAUGUACCACGAGGCCACUGCAUGUCAUGUGACCGGUGACCUGGUGGAGCUGCUCUCCAUUUUCCUGUCAGUAUUAAAAGCAACCAGACCUUAUCUACAGAGGAAAGAUGUAAAGCAGGCUCUGAUUCAGUGGCAGGAGAGGAUCGAUUUUGCACACAAACUGCUGACGCUGCUCAACUCCUACAGUCCUCCAGAACUCCGCAACGCCUGCCUGGAUGUGCUAAAGGAGCUGGUGCUGCUGAGUCCACACGACUUCCUGCACACACUGGUGCCCUUCCUGCAGCACAAUCACUGCACCUACCACCACAGCAACAUCCCCAUGUCAUUCGGACCGUAUCUGCCGUGCAGAGAAAACAUCAAGCUGAUCGGGGCGAAGAACAACAUUCGUCCUCCACGACCUGAACUCAACAUGUGCCUCCUGCCCUCCAUGGUGGAAACCAGCAAGGGUAAAGACGAAGUGUACGACAGGAUGUUGAUGGACUACUUCCUGUCCUAUCACCAGUUCAUUCAUCUGCUGUGUCGAGUCGCCAUCAACUGUGAGAAGUUCACAGAGACGCUCGUCAAACUCAGUGUAUUAAUGGCAUAUGAAGGAUUACCGCUGCACCUUGCCUUGUUCCCUAAACUGUGGACUGAGCUCAGCCAGUCUCAGUCCACGUUAGCCAAGACGUGUGUGAAGCUGCUGUGUGAGGAUCCUGCGUUCGGAGAAUAUAUCAAGUGUAUUCUGAUGGACGAGAGGACCUUCCUCAACAACAAUACCGCUUACUCCUUCCUCACCUGCUUCCUACAAAAGGUGCAGCCGCAGGUGUUGUCCGGGCCGAGCUGUGCCAACCUGAUCAGCGUGCUGGUCACCAACCUGCUGAACGAGUAUCACUCCCUCCAGCCUGAACUGACCAAUCAGAGUGCAGAGCUCAACAAGACCAGCAGCCUCCUCAACGCUGAUCUGCUAGCUUUGGUGCUGAUGUUGUCGGUACACACCCCUCAACAGCUGGACUCGGCACUUGGUCCGGCCCUGCAAGAGCUGCUCAACAAAUGCACGGCCUGCUUACAGCAUCGCUCCACACACACGCUAGAGUCCAAAACCAAAGUGGAAGAGGAGGGGGCAACUCCGGUGAAGCGGCGGCGGGUCAGCGACGACGACCGGUCUUCAGCCAACAGUGCCACCCUAGUGGGCCCCACCUCCGCCUCACUGGUUCCUUGCUUGGAGCAGAAAGCGGAGCCGGCCGAGGCUCUAACACCUAACAGCACCUCAGACACCGAGACACGAGACUCAUCCCUCAUCGAUCCGGGCACGGAGCAGGACCCGCCUUCUCCGGAUAGCACCUCAGGCAAAGAGGAAAAAAUGGAGGCGUCAUCUUCAUCGUCGUCGUCGUCGCUGCCCGAGGCGUUCGGGCGAGCCGAGCCGGGGACGUCUGCCGGCCCGGAGGAAGAGGAGGGCGACGGAGAGGAAGAGCGGAAAGACACGAAGCGACCGAAGGAGCGCGAACGAGAGAACGCUGCGAAGCCCGGCUCAUCUUCUGCGGACGACUCCAUACUGCAGUCUGCUUUACAGGACGCCGACGAGGGGCGGGGCUGUGGCCUUCAAGAGGCGGAGCCAGGGACAGGCCACUCCCCUGCAGUGAAUCCCAUGCCGGACAUCCUGGACGUGCUUCAUCGUACGGUGGAGGCGGCGAUCGCUGUGGUUAAUAAACUGACCGCUGGAGGUAAAGGCGGCGGCGCACACCCCUCCGCCUUGUGAUGUCACUUUUUUGCCCCAGAAGUGGUUCAUCUUGUUUAGUUUAUUUACUGUUCAGUGUUAGAGUUGCUGAAAACGCCGGAAAGUCAAUCACAAACAAAACCUGACUGAUUUUAGCGGCUGUAGCACGUCUUAAAGAGCAGAGAAAGAAAAAAAACGUUUUCAGUUCCUUAUUUUUAUUUGAAGUGGUUAAAAUAAUUGUUUUGUUUGCGCUUGCUGUACCGAGACGGGGACAGGUUUACAGUUUUAGUCCUUUGAUUUCUAAUUUAAUUUGCAUUUUUUAAUCCCGUAUGUUUGUAUGUAUGUAUGUAUUAUUAUUAUUAUUAUUAAUGUCUCCUGUGCCAGUUUUGUACUUAAUGAAGCGAAGUGGGAGUGAAGUCGCCUCGCCGGUUGUUUUUUUUUUUUUUUUUUUUGUGGUUGAUAUCAAAACUAUGUUUACUUGUUCACUGAACGGAGAAAAACCCCAGAACCACGACAAACUUGAUUCUGUUAGGAAUCUUCUACUUGUUACCUGGCGUUGUAAAUGAGAAGAAUAAAGUAUAUAUGUAAGAAAUAUGUAUACAGUAUAUAUGAAAGGUGAUGCUGAUAUAUACUGUAUAUAUAUAUAUGUGGAUGAAUCUACUGUGUAUAUACAUAUGCUGUAUAUGUAUAUAGACUUAUUGGUGCUUUAUAUCACACACAGAGAAUGUGUUGCUUGAAUAAAGCACACCUGACGGAACUGUCGGAGCUAUAUUUUAUUUACCGAAAUACAUUCCAUAAUCUAUCGUAUGUCAUUCUUGCAUUUUUUUUUUUUCUUUUUUUUUUUCCUUGUUGCUUUUCUCCUCUCUUGAUUUAUUUUAAUAUAGGAUAACUUAAUAAAAUUUUAAUAUGAUUUAAUU